CCAGGAGGAGACUUGCUGCUGCUGAUCCAAUCAGCUCUAAAUAGGAAGCAUCGCGAAUCUUUGGUGAGAUUUCGUCCUAUAAGCUCAUGGGAACGAGGCUAGGAAACCCUUUUCGCCAACAUGGCGCCGAAAGCGAAGAAGGAAGCUCCUGCUCCUCCCAAAGCCGAAGCCAAAGCGAAGGCGUUGAAAGCCAAAAAGGCCGUAUUGAAAGGCGUUCACAGCCACAAAAAGAAGAAGAUCCGCACGUCACCCACCUUCCGGCGACCCAAGACCUUGCGGCUCCGGAGGCAGCCUAAAUACCCUCGCAAGAGCGCUCCCAGGAGAAACAAGCUUGACCACUAUGCCAUCAUCAAGUUCCCCCUGACCACUGAGUCAGCCAUGAAGAAGAUAGAAGACAACAACACACUUGUGUUCAUUGUGGAUGUCAAGGCCAACAAGCACCAGAUCAAACAGGCUGUGAAGAAACUCUAUGACAUUGAUGUGGCCAAGGUCAAUACCCUGAUCAGACCUGAUGGAGAGAAGAAGGCCUAUGUUCGUCUGGCUCCUGAUUAUGAUGCUUUGGAUGUUGCCAACAAAAUUGGGAUCAUCUAAGCAGUCCAAUCUAAUUCUAAAUACAGAUUAUUUUUCACCAUAAA